GGCUGUAAAUAUUGUAACACAGUGCACCCUGUAUCCUCCAUGCGUGUUAAGUGUAGAGCAAAACUAGUGUUAGGACUCUAAAAAGGCUUCAUUUGACAUAUUUGUUUAAUAUUUAGUUAAAUACUAAGACAUGUCGUGUUUUUAGGGGAUUUUCUCCAACAUGGCAACACAUCUUUCCAGGUUUACGAUCUUUUUUCCUUGAUUUGUGGACAUUUCUCUCAAGAAGUGUGGUUUGACUAUCCUGCUGAGCUGUCAUGGACGGUUUGGAGGAGAAGCUCAAAGGUCUUUCCAUUGCCCGGAGAUCUCAUCCAGAAGAGCCCACCUACCUGCUGGACGUGGCCCUGCAGUCAUCCGGCCUGCUGGCCGUCUCCUGCUCCAACUUCACCGUUCACCUCCACGACAAAGACACCCUGAACCUUCUAGGGGAGUACCGGGGCCACAGCAAACCACUCUGCGGGGUUGUUUUCUCUCAUCACUCCCGGGACUUUCUGUACUCUGGCUCUGCUGAUGGGACGGUGAGAGGGUGGGACGUCCGCUGCCCGGGGACAGAGGCAGCCCAGGUGUAUAAAAGCGACCCCUCACACAGCUUCUGCAGUUUGGACCUGAACUGCAGCGACUCACUUCUGUGUGCUGGCACUGAGCAGGUAAACGAUGAGGACAGCUUCCUGGUUUUCUGGGACAUCAGGAAACCAGGUGCUGGGCUUCUUGGGGUGUAUUCUGAGUCGCACAGUGAUGACGUCACACAAGUGUGCUUCCAUCCUCGAGACAAAGACCGUCUGGCAUCCGGAUCCACAGACGGCCUUGUGAAUGUUUUCGACCUGAGCCGGGGGGCAGAGGAGGAGGCGCUGCUGGCCACCUGUAACAGCGACUCCUCUGCUGGGUCAGUGUGCUGGUCUGGACCUGACUUCACCCAGCUGCUGUGUCUGAGCCACGAUGAGGGCCUCCACCUUUGGGACUUGGGCCAGCUGGACACAGAGGAGCCGCUCACCAUCUUUAGUACCUCUGACGCCCGCAGUCUGACUCUGCUCGCCGAUGAAGGAGGUGUGGAUUACCUGGUGGGGGGGAGGUGGCUGGAGGACGCGCAGAAGCUGCUGGUGGUCGGAGGGAAGAACAACGGGGAUCUCCACCUGAUGGAGUGUGACGACGGGGGGCUUCGUCUGCUCAGGAGCCUCAAGGGUGGCCAUGCCUCUACUGUGCGCUGCUUUAUAUGGGAUGCAGCAGGGGAGGCUCUGGUUACAGGGGGAGAGGAUGCUCAGCUGUUGCUGUGGAAACCAGGAGGGGAGGAGCUUACGUCAGAGAAGAGGGAGUCGAUGAAGAGCAAAUCAGCUUUGAAACUGAAAUCCAGGCCGCAUAAGAAACACGGCUACCAGAGAGAAAAGAAGGGAGCGAGACAAGACUGUGAAUGAAAUGUCAAAUCACUGAAUCAUUGUGACUGGACUGUGGAGGCUGCUCAUUCCUCUGGCAACACAAUAAUGUUCCUAAACUUCAUUUUUAUGGAAACAUUUCUACAAACUCCUCCAUGACACAAAGAUCCUUUGGGUUUCUUGACACAUCGAAGAAUUGUAACAAAAUGAUCAAGGCGACUUUGUCCUUACUCUAUUUUUCUCCACUUGAUGCUCUGUGUUUUACUGUGUGAAAACUAUUAUUAUAGGAUGUUUAUAACCUUAUUUAAUACUUUAUCAUGCUUAUCAACUUCAGGCUGAGACAUCUCUUAAACAGCUGACAGGCUGAGAUAACUUUAAACAGUAUUUAUUGAAACAUGACAUGAAGUCUUUUUUCACUUAAUGGAAACAAAAGGCAGCUUUAUUUCUAUACACUGAGAUGAUUCAACCUGUUUUUAUAAAGCAGUAAAAUAUUGUAUUUAUACACACAGAUUUGCAGUUAAAGGAGAAGGAGAUUUAAAAUUCAUUAGAAAAAAGUCAAAUGUUUUCAAAUAGCAAGACUGCAUAGGUAACAAAAAAAUGAAGCACUUUUAAAAUGAGUUAGCGCCAAUGAGAGGGUGGAGUCCUGUCAAAUCAGAACUCUUUAUCAUGUUCAGAUGAAAGUCGACAGUUUACAGGGACACUCUUUAAACUGUAACACCGGGGUCUGACAGACGUAUUCCCCCUAUCAGACUCAAACAGGAUGAUUGUUAAAGAGUUAUUAAAUCAAGUGAACCACAGUACUGUGUAAUGUUAUUGUGGACGGAGGGUGAAAUAAAAAAAUGCUGGUACCAAUCAGAAAAUUUGACUUUUCAGGAGAAAGAAUUAAAUUUAGACCCUGGUUCCUGCUGCCGAGUUCCUCAAAAGGUCCCUAGUUCCUGGGGAAAGUUCCUGCUGUCUAAAAGAACCUUAAGACUUUAAUGUGGUCAGUGUAAGAAAGGUAACAUGACGUGUCUUUACACCUAGUAUGAACCUUUGCAUCCACACCUGGUAUUAAUACCUGAUCUUGUUAUCUGGAUUUGAUCCCCUUUAUGGAGCUGUAGGUAUAGAGGACAAUGUUCUGCUUUAAUCUUCUUAUUUCAAGAUUCAUGAAGGAUAUCCAGAGACAGAUUACAGGCUCUUACAAAGGAAAAUGUGAUCUCAUAUUAAUUUAACUCUAACUUUCAGUUCAAUUUGAUGUACCAGUUUACAGCAUGUUUGAAUAUGAAAUGCAGUCACGCAGGGAGAGGGACUAAAUGUAUGUACUGUUAACUCAGAGCUGCCAGCAUUCCAACUAAGUCCCUUUGAUUUUGGGGUCUGCAUACUUUUUUGUGACUUUACAAACAGCACACUGAUUUCUUUGAUACAAACAGAACACUGUGAAUCUCUCUCUACAUUUAUUAUGAAAUUUCAACACACCUAACAGAUAUUCUCAUCUUGAAAUAAAGGUUUGUCUAAACAUG